GCGGCGUCGGAGUGGGCUGGGCCUGUGCGCUCCGGCGGCCGCAGGGCCGCGCUCACCGCGGACCCCACGGCUUCCCGGGCAUGAGUGGGGAUUCCUGCCGCGGCCCGCUCCCUUGUCCACCGCUGCGGCUUCUUCCCGACCGCGGGCCCUCUCCGGGAACAUGCCCCAGGCCGCCUACUGCUACGUGCGCGUCGUGGGCAAGGGCAGCUACGGGGAGGUGACCCUGGUGAAGCACCGGCGGGACGGCAAGCAGUAUGUCAUCAAAAAGCUGAACCUCCGAAAUGCCUCCAGCCGAGAGCGGCGAUCUGCAGAACAGGAAGCUCAGCUCUUGUCCCAGCUGAAGCACCCCAACAUUGUCACCUACAAAGAGUCGUGGGAGGGAGGAGAUGGUCUGCUCUACAUCGUCAUGGGCUUCUGUGAAGGAGGUGAUCUGUACCGGAAGCUCAAGGAACAGAAAGGGCAGCUUCUGCCAGAGAGCCAAGUUGUAGAGUGGUUUGUACAGAUCGCCAUGGCUUUGCAGUAUUUACAUGAGAAACACAUCCUUCAUCGAGACCUGAAAACUCAAAAUAUAUUCCUAACAAGGACAAACAUCAUCAAAGUGGGUGACCUAGGAAUUGCCCGAGUGUUAGAAAAUAAUGGCGACAUGGCGAACACUCUCAUUGGCACACCCUAUUACAUGAGCCCUGAAUUGUUCUCCAACAAACCUUACAACUAUAAGUCUGAUGUUUGGGCUUUGGGAUGCUGUGUCUAUGAAAUGACCACCCUGAAGCAUGCUUUCAAUGCAAAAGACAUGAAUUCUUUAGUUUAUCGGAUUAUUGAAGGAAAGCUACCACCGAUGCCAAGAGUUUAUAGCCCAGAGCUGGCAGAAUUGAUAAGAACAAUGCUGAGCAAAAGGCCUGAAGAAAGACCCUCUGUGAGGAGUAUCCUGAGACAGCCGUAUAUAAAACGCCAAAUCUCCUUAUUUUUGGAGGCCACCAAGGCAAAAACUUCCAAAAAUAACGUUAAGAAUGGUGAUUCUGAAGCCAAGCCUGUUGCCACAGUGAUUUCCAGAAAGGCAGAGUCAAAUGAUGAAAUAACCCACCCCCAACUGCGUUCUUCUAAGGACUCCGUAACAUAUGUGAUGGGUGAAGAUAAAUGUUUGUCCCAAGAGAAACCAAUGGCCAUUGAUUCUUUGAAAUCACCUGCUGAUCCGAAAGGCCACAUUUGUGAAACAGACAUAAGUAAUCCUGUAGAGUCAGUAGCCACAAUCAGCAGGGUAGAUAUUGACUUCUUACCUGCAGAAAGGGGAGACUCAAUGAAGGAUGGCAUAGCUCAGGAGAACCAACCGAGACCCUUGGACGCGUCCACUGAGCUGGAGAGUCAGUGCCGUGCUCUUCAGACAAAGGAGAACACAAAGUCCAGUGCUCAGCCUGAAAACCUGCUCCCCAUGUGGCCCUCUGGUGGUGGUGGAGAAGGGAGUGAACUAGCAAAGCCAUCGCAGCCCCUAAACAGAGACCAAAAUCCAGAGGCCCAGGAUGGAGUUGCUGGUGACUGUAUUAUAGAAAGACAGGGCAGCAUCCACCCAGGUUUGCAGCCACAUAGCCGUGGGUCUGAGCCUUCCUUAUCUCGACAGCGGCGACAGAGGAAAAGAGAACAGACAGUGCAUGGCGGAGGAAAGAGCCAGCCUCAGGAGUCACGUUCUCAGCAUUUGUCUUCUCAUCCCUCUGUUGGAAGUAUGGAUGUUGUAUCAACACAACAAAAUGCUGAAAACCAAAGUAGACCCGUCUCUGGUACUACAAGCCAUUCAAGGAGCAGUGAAAUGUCAUCAUCCAAGGAUCGACCACUAUCUGCCAGAGAGAGGAGGCGACUGAAGCAGUCACAGGAAGAGAUGGUCCCCUCAGCCCCUGCAAUGCCAAGAACUCCGAGUGCAGCAAGGCAAGGGAGACCACAGGAGGAAGGCCCGCCCACCCCUGCCCAGCAGCUCUCUUCUAACGGCAGUGUCACUCAGGAAAGGAAGCUGGUAUAUUGUCUGUCUGAGGAGGAAUUAAGUUCUUCUAUGAGCUCAACUGAUAAGUCAGAUGGGGAUUCAAGAGAAAGAAAAAGUUAUACAAAUGAAAUGAAUGACUUGGUACAAUUGAUGACUCAGACCCUUAAGCUGGAUUCUAAAGAGAGUUGCGAAGACCUUCCCAUGCCAAAGCCAAUAUCAGAGUUCAAACUUAAUCGGAAGUACAGAGACACACUGGUACUUCAUGGAAAAGUCAUAGAAGAGGCAGAGGAACUCCACUGUGAAAAGCUGCCGUCAGUUAUCAUACCAGGUUCUGAAAAAAUCCGGAGAAUAGUUGAAGUCUUGAGAGCUGAUGUAAUCCGAGGCCUGGGAGUUCAGCUUUUAGAGCAGGUGUAUAAUCUUUUGGAAGAGGAGGAUGAACUGAAGAGAGAGGCACGUUUACAGGAGCACAUGGGUGAAAAGUACACAACUUACAGUGUGAAAGCUCGCCAGUUGAAAUUUUUUGAAGAAAACGUGAAUUUUUGAGAAUUUGUUCUAACCUGCUGCCAGAACUAAAGACUUGUUUCAAACAUUUUUCACUUUAAAAAAUAUAACAACUAUUUCACUUGUUUAGAGGCCACUAAGCAUCUUUUGAUAUUUCUUGGGGUUUUUCCUCACUGGUAAAAAAUUGGACAGAAUAUGAAGUUAACAAAAGAAAGAAAACUUUGCAUAUCACAUUCUUUUAAGGAGGAAAAAUGUUACAUUUGUUUGGUUACUGUUUACUGAGCCUUAAACCAACUUUAUAUAUAGAAGUUUAUUUUUCUAAGGUAUUUACUAGUUUGAAAACAGGGUCACAAAACAUUGGAUUGGAAUUUUUAUAUUGUGCCCUAAAGGCAACCAGAGAAGCAAGCUACAUGUCCAGGGAUAAUACGUGUUGUUAAUAACCAUGGGGGGAAGUUGAUAUAUAUACAUGAAAUUUAUUUAUAGUCUCUAAACUCAGUUGACUAUCCUGGGAGUAGAUUUAAAGAAUAUGAAGUCCUGUAUAGUAUGUGAACAACUGUUUUCAUUUUUCACAUACUGAAGGACUUUUAAUGUCUUAUUUUCAUUUAAUAUGAACCUCGUUUAGGGAUAUACACAUUGAAUAUAGUGUUUUUACCUUUGUGAAUUGUAACAGUUUUUUAUUUUCAUUUAUUUAUUUAUUUGAGAGAGAGAGAAUGGGGGCAUCAGGGCCGCCAGUCACUGCAAACAAACUCCAAGUGCAUGCGCCACCUUGUGCAUCUGGCUUACAUGAGUCCUGGGGAAUUGAACCUGGGUCCUUUGGCUUUGCAGGCAAGUACCUUAACCGCUAAGCCAUCUCUCCUGCCCUGUAAGUUUUAUAUACUAGUUCAGUUUUUUUCCAUCAGCAAAAACAUCUGUUAAACAUUUUUUUCUAGUUAUGCAAGUAAAGUCCAGGUCCUUUCAGUUUUA